AUGGAGGCCACCUUGUUCAGCCAAGUUUCUGUUCUCUUGCCUCUGACCUUUGUGUGCAUUGCCACCUCAUUCUUCAUUCUACGACUAUUCCUGCAGUCACGCGACUUGAAGCAUAUUCCUGGUCCACUGGGAGCCAGGCUGACCGACUUCUGGCUCGCCGGAAAAUACAGAAGAGGCGAGCUCUUCAAAGAUAUCGCCGUGGACCUGCACAGGACCUAUGGCCCCAUCGUGCGCUAUGGGCCCCGGAGAGUCCUCUUCAGCGACCUGUCCGCCGUCAAUGUCAUCUUCAAUACAAGAAAUGCCCUCCCAAAGGCCGAAUCAUACGAAGUAAUGAAUCAAAUCGUCAAUGGCAAACUCAUCAGCAGCUGGGCCACCACCCGCGACGAGGCACGCAUCUCGGCCAUGAAAAAGCAAGUGAUAUCUGCCUUCACCACGACCGCAAUCCUCGACUACGAAGAGCAUAUCGACCACAACAUCAAUUUCCUCAUCGCCAAACUCCAAGACUCCGACCCAGAAGUCAACAUCGCCAAAUGGUCCAUAUUUUUCGCCUUCGAUACCAUCUGCCGCAUCGCCUUCUCCGACGACCAAGGCUUCAUGGCCAAACAAUCCGACCUAGGCAACACCCUCGAAGGCGCCCGCCAACGCUUCCGGCACUGGCACCUAUGGGGACCGCUCGCGCGACUCGAGCGCCUCUUGUUCAAGAACCGUUUCGCAACUCGCACAUCCGGCACAUCUCUCCUGGGCAAACUCGCCAGCGAACGCCUCCAGACCCGUCUCGAAAAGGGCGGCCUAGGCACGCACUCCGACCUCCUGGACCGAUAUCUACAAGCCGCCGAGCGCGAUCCCGCCACCUUCACUACCUCCACGCUCAUCGGCAUCCUGAUCUCCACGAUCCACGCCGGCGCCGAAACCACCGCCUCGACAGUCAAUGUGUGCCUGUACGAACUCCUGCGCAACCCACGCGCACUGUCCAAACUCCGCGCCGAACUUGACGCCGCGAACCUCUCUUCUCCACCGUCCUGGUCCGAAGUCUCCCGCCUGCGCUACCUGGAAGCCUGCUUCAAAGAGUCCAUGCGCCUCAACCCGCUCCUGCUCAAUCCCAUUGAGCGCGACGUCCCCGAGUCAGGGGCCGAAAUUGCUGGGACAUACAUCCCCGGCGGGACCGUCGUGUCCGUCAACGUGCACGCCUUGAACCGCGAUCCAACCAUCUACGGCAAGGAUGUCGACUCGUUCCGCCCAGAACGCUGGCUCGACGCCGACGAAGAGCAACGCAUGAAGAUGCAGCGCGCCGACAUGACCUUUUCUGCAGGCCGACGGAGCUGCAUAGGCCAGCACGUCGCGUGGAUCGAGAUGAAGAAAUUCUUGCCCGAGGUGUUGAACAAGUUCGAUAUCGAGCUCGUCCACCCUGAGAAACCUUUACAAAUGCCCGUGCAACAACUGGUCCUCCUCAUUGACGAGUUACCUGUCAGAUUGAGUCCGAGGAAAGCUUGAGCAAGCACUAUUGGAAACUGCCUACCUCAGGGAUAUAUAUCGUGAGAUCGCUAACAUUGGUUGACCUGUCGCCACAUGAGUGACUUGGUACUAUCGUGGUAAAUCUAGCAUACAGUACCAACAAGAGAUACCUUACCACACGAUUAACACUUGUGCGGAUGGCAUCGGCAUC